UAGCCAUUCUCAUCAGCCUUCCAUUUCGAAGCGUAAACAAGUUUGUGUUAAUAGUCUCUAAAUUCCGACGAGGUUAAAGAGACGGCAUCGUCCCGCUGUCCGCCUUGACCGAGCCGUAGCGUCGUCUUGGCCCUCAUUUUUGUUCGUUUUGUUAGUAAGUUAAAGCUUAGAAACAGAAUAAUAUCCAUGGCGGUGAAACCAUCAAAGGCCGACAAGAAGAUCGCUUAUGACGCCAAGCUAUGCCAAUUAUUGGAUGAGUACCACCAGAUCCUGGUGGCCGCCGCCGACAACGUGGGGUCCAACCAGCUCCAGAAUAUCAGGCAAGGUCUACGUGGCGACUCUGUUGUACUGAUGGGAAAGAAUACCAUGAUGAAACGCUCCAUUAGAAUUCACUCUGAGAAGACCGGGAACAAGGCCUUCCUCAACUUGAUUCCACUUCUUCAGGGUAAUGUUGGGUUGAUUUUCACCAAGGGUGAUUUGAAGGAAGUUCGUGAGGAGGUCGCCAAGUACAAGGUUGGAGCUCCCGCUCGUGUCGGUUUGAUUGCCCCAAUUGAUGUCGUUGUUCCACCAGGCAACACUGGACUCGACCCAUCGCAGACCUCUUUCUUCCAGGUGCUCAACAUUCCCACCAAGAUUAACAAGGGUACCGUAGAAAUUAUCACCCCUGUGGAGCUUAUCAAGAAGGGUGACAAGGUGGGAUCUUCUGAGGCUGCUUUGCUGGCCAAGCUUGGCAUUAGGCCCUUCUCGUAUGGCCUUGUUGUCCAGUCUGUCUAUGACAAUGGCUCUGUCUUCGCCCCAGAGGUGCUUGACCUGACUGAGGAUGAUCUGAUUGAGAAGUUUGCUGUUGGUGUCUCAAUGGUUACCUCAUUGGCACUGGCCAUCUCUUACCCAACUUUGGCAGCUGCACCACACAUGUUCAUCAAUGCCUACAAGAAUGUGCUGGCUGUGGCAGUUGCAACUGAGUAUUCCUUCCCUCAGGCAGACGAAGUGAAGGAGUACCUCAAGGAUCCCAGUAAGUUUGCUGUUGCUGCUGCACCUGCUGCCGCAUCUGGAGGUGCUGCUCCAGCUGCCGCUGCUGCAGAGGAAGAGAAGAAGGAAGAGCCAGCAGAGGAGUCUGAUGACGACAUGGGAUUCAGUUUGUUCGACUAAGAACACCCGCCUUGUUAUAAUAAAAUCUAGGAUGAGAACAUUUAUGAUUAUGUAUUUGGAUUUUCUUGCUAUAGUUUCCUUGUUAUGUUUUUGUUGACUCAGCUUUUUGUUUCGCAGAAGAUUUCAGUUUUAUAUGUGUUGUUUAUUCUAAUUAAUUAUUUUGUUGCGUAA